AGAUCACAAUUGUACAGAGAUAACGUAUCGAUAUGGAGAGAUGAACCUGAAGGUUGUUUAUUGAUGAGAAAUGUGGGAAAACAUGCCUUGUAAAAUAAGUGGAAAAAAUUGCAUAAACCAUCACCAUGGAACAACAUAGCCUCAACCUGUGCAUCGCAAUAUUUAUGAUAUAUUGGUUGCACUGCUGUUCUGGCUUUUCAGACCUCUCAUUUCUGGCCGAGCCUCAGGAUGGGGUGGUGCCCGUGAACUCAUCAUUUCUGCUCCAGUGUGAGGCAGUAGGUUUAGAGCCAAUUGUUUAUUAUUGGAAGCACAAUGAAAAGCUUGUAAAUAAUAAGACUUCUUGGAGGAUGGUGAAUGGGACAUUAAGCAUCAAAGCUGUGGACCAGACAACAACGGGUAUCUACCAGUGCUGUGCUCGCAACCAAGCGGGUGUUCUUUGCUCAAGAAAUUCAUCUGUAUCUCUGACAAGGAUAGGGGUCCCUGAAGUUCUAACAGACAAUGCACAAGUCCGAGAAGGAUCAUCAAUACGACUCGUCUGCCAAGUAGAUGCUUCUUCAAAUGAGAUGUUAAAGAUUACAUGGCUCAGAGAUGGCAUUCCUCUGGUCUCGAAAACAUCAAGAAUUAUCCAACUACCUGAAUAUGGCACGAUACUCCAAAUUACCUCAGCUAAGUCCAGUGACUCAGGCCUUUAUCGCUGUAAUGUAAGCAAUGCAUUUGAGGAGAGUAUGGCCAGUGCAGAAAUGACCGUAUCGGUCACCAAAAGGACGUUAGAUCCUCCAUGGGGCAUCUUGAUGGGUCCCUCAGAUACAGAUGCAAUGGCUGGCAGUGAUGUUACACUGGAGUGUCUCCUGACUGGACAAGACAAUGUUGAUGUCACAUGGAGACGAACAGAUGGAAGGGAUAUCAUUCAUCAAGAAUAUAGGCAUCAUAACCUGAUAUUGAGGGAUGUGUCAUUAGAUGAUCAAGCAACGUAUGAGUGCAUAGCCCUCAAUUUACUUACUGGAGAAGAAGAUGUAGCCUCUGCAGUGUUAUACAUCCUGCAGCCACCUUACUUCUGUUCAUCAGUGGAAGAUGUUGAGAAGCCAGAGAGUCUAACCGGGCGCCUGACCUGCAAAGUCUUGGGGCAACCUCCGCCCGUUGUGACCUGGUACAAGAAUGGUGAGCUCCUCCCUAUCAGGGGGCGGAUCACCCAGAUGAGCCAAGACAAUUGCCAUUCAGGUGAAAGGAUUGUCGGUAAUACAUUGGCUAUCUGGAACUCUUUAGCAGAGGACAUUGGUAUCUACCAGUGUGUCGCUACCAACGAGGCAGGGACUGUAUAUGGAGCCAUGUACUACAAUGUUGAAGUACCAGAGAAAAGACCAUUCCCACCAAACAAUGUGACUGCCAUUGUGAAUGAUAGUCGUACCAUCACUGUAAGAUGGAAACCUGUACCACAACCUGAUGUCCAAGCCUACUCCAUUUACUAUUAUCCAACACCAGAUGGUUCGUGGGCAGCCAUGGUGGCGCGUAUGAACGAUACAGAAGUGGUAUUAGAAAAGCUACAGCCCUAUACUAACUACACCAUUCAAGUGAAGACAUUCAUAAGCAGCGGGAGCAGUAAUCUGACCGAGCCUGUGUAUGCUUUCACCCAGCAGACCAUACCGGACAGUGCUCCAUGGUUCUGGCUGACUAGUAGCAGUCCAUUCAGCAUUAACAUCUCUUGGCUGCCUUUACCAUUAGAAAAGAGCAAUGGACAUGUUAAUUUGUACAAAAUUUGUUACAGGCAAGAGUCGGCCACAGAUAGUUAUAGCUGUUUUGAGAAGGUUGCAGGAACAAACUCUGUGGUUCUAAACAACCUUGAGGCUGCUACACGAUACGAUGUCAAGAUGGCUGCUGCCACAAGUCCUGGGUUUGGACCGGAAUCACAGUGGUUGGGCAUACGUACCAUGGACGUGAGAAAUUGCACCCUUGCUUCACCACUGCUGAUUGUCCAUAAAGUCAUCAAUGCCACUGCUGUAGAGGUCAAGUGGUCAGUCUCUGAAUCCAAUGGUACCACGGGAGAGUCCAGUAUUGAUGGUUUUAAGAUGACCCUGACAUCCUACAACGAUGGAUCGCAGCAGAUGAGGACGUUCCCCAAGGAACAAAGGAAAGUUGUCAUAGGAGGCCUAGAACGACAGACAGCAUACAAUCUUGUGAUGCAAGGAUGGAACGAGUGUGGAGAUGGUCAUGUGACUGCUCUUGCAUUUCAGAUGCCACGUAUUGAUCCUUCAGGCAAUCGAUUCUUCAUGCUUCCGCCGUACGAUAUCAGAGCUCAAUCUACUUCAAGGGCUAUCUAUCUACAGUGGCAACCUCCACGGACAUCCAUUGUUAUCUCCUAUUACUCUGUCUUUGCUGAGCCAUCCAAGAAUAGCCGUGCUAAAAUAACCGAGACGUUCAGUCCGUCAUGCUCUAUAGAGUUAAAGAAUUUGGAACCAUACACAGAGUACAAAGUGAUGGUGAAAGCCCAUGGGACUAGUUUGGAAAGUGAUUACAGUCCUCCUAUAUACAAGAGAACAAAGGAAGAUGUCCCAUCUGCACCUACUGAUGUAAGCAUCAUCACACCUGUUGAAUCACCUGGAGCUGUAUUGGUAGAAUGGCAACCUCCAAGCUAUCCCAAUGGUAUCAUCACUGCCUACCGUGUCACCUACCAAUCCUUAAAUACAUCACAUCUCCAGCCAGAUAAUGCUACCAUAGUAACAAAUGGUACUUCUCUGCAGGCCCGAUUCAACAAUCUUAAAUACGGGCAUCAUUAUGCUUUCACGGUAGAGGCAUUUACCAGUGUAGGAAAAGGUCCAAGAUCAUCAAGAAUAAUGUAUAUUGUGAGGGUUCAGGAGCUCCCAAAUAAAACCCCAUACCCAGAUAUUGUGAAUGAUCUAGAGAAGGGCAUUGUAGCUGGGAUUGUGCUUGCUACAGUCUGUAUUAUGAUCUGUACACUACUGCUCAUCUUCAGACACAGGAAGGAUUGCACCUGUCACAACAAGUUCUGUGUAACCAAACAAGAAGAAAGACAAGAGGCCCCAGGUAUAGAGUUGGUAGGAGAAACAAGAACCGUAGAAACACAGCUCUACCCUCCACUCACACAAUCGGCAGUCUUGCAACACCAGCUCUGCAAUGGUCAAGAAGACCCCAAAAGUGUAGAGCCAUUAUUACAUGAUUACAUUCUGACCAAGCCUCUCUCUGGCUACCUCAACGGAACCACAACCACCAUCACAAACACCGCCACUACAAUGAUAAUACCACCUCAUAACCAGCAACAGCAUCAUCAGGAAUCCAGUCUACCUCAUCUGGCGAGCACAAGCCAUCAGGAAUCCCCUCCUCAAUGCUCUUCUCGGACCUUCGCUCCUCAUUCUGGAGCCAUGACGACAGGAAGCAGAAGCAACAGCCAGCAAGACAUAGCCACGGCUUUAGAGACAGCCACCCACCUCUGUCUGGUCCAUUCAGACCCAGCAUCUACCUCAGCAGUAGACCAUUCACACAUAGCACUGCUACAAGAAGAAGAAGAAGAACAAAACCUCCCCGAUGGCUCGGGCACUGAUUCGCCACCGCGCCCGGCCUCAUACCGGGGCACAAACAGUGAUAGUGGGAUGGAUGGGGACAUAGACUGGGAUAUUGGUGAUGAUCUGGAUGAUGAGGGAUCAAACACCAGGCAUCCUGUUGAUCCCAGUACCUCUUACCUCAGCAGAAAAAUGAGUUACCACAGCGAUCGAGAAGGCGCUAAUCCAGACUUCAACCCCAAGGCACUCUACCUCUGUAGUGGGGACGUCAGCUACGCGUAAAGUCAUCAUACCAACUGGCAGGAAAAAAACCCAAAACAAUCAUGAAUGAUUUCUUUUUUAUCAGGGCGUAGAGUAAAUGUUAUCUUGUGACACUGUUUGUGAAUGUUUCUACUCUGCUGUCAACUCUACCUGUGUGUUCUUCUGAGGCAGACGCAUGAUGAACAUCUAACGAUAUCAAACACCCAUGCAUUGUUUACUGUCAUAGAGUAUUGUCGUUCUUUCCUGAAAAUGUGAAGGGGUCACGUCGACUAGGAGGCAUCUUUACACCUGUAUGACGGAGGAUAUGUGUCAAUGCUGUUUUAAUGAACUUUAAAACAGUUAUCAACAUCCUCUACAGGGAACAGGUUAUGGAAAAGGAGUUUGAGACAUGGAGGUGUUCCUAAAGAGAGAGUGGGUGGAGAAUGUUUUGCAGAAUUUUAUACCUCAAGCUGACUUGAAUGGACAACCAAUGAACCACUAUGCUUCCAUGGGAAGGUUUGUUCACAUUGCCCACAUUUCAUCACUUGAUGAUGAUGUUAUUUUUGUAUUCAAACAUGCUGAUUGUUUUAAAUCAUUAUACUUACAAUGUAAUGAGAUAUUAUAUUCAUGCCUUUGCUUUGACAGAGAAGAAGGUAUAAAUCCUCUGCCAUGUCAAUUUGUCAAAGAUAUUUGACUAUUAAAAAUGAAGAAGAAAAAGUACACUGGGUUCUACAAGGAAAUAUUAAGUAUUUCUUGUUGGAGCAACCGACUGAACAAAUAUUACAUUUGUUAGUUUUUUUAAAUAUAAAACAUAAAGAAAGCAUCAAUGAUAUUGAUAAUAAGAUUGAUAUUAAUAGUAGUAAAGUAAAUGAUAACACUGAUAUAAAUGGUAAAUACCAUAUCUUUUUAUAGCCCCUAGGAGAUUAUAAGCAAAUGUUUCUUUGCACUUUGGACUUUGGCUACAACUUUGACUUAUUAAGGCAUUCAAGGGAAAAAUUUGUUAGGUACCAAUUGCUUCACUAUUGUUGAUUGCAGCGGAAUGUGGAUAAAUUCCUUACAGAUGGAAAUGAAUGUUGUGGAGUUUGAAUAAAAUUCACGACCCUUCAAGAACCCCCACAACGCUUCCACAAAAUAUGCAUGCAUUUCCUGAUAUUCAUAUUUUAUAUGUAUUUGUUUAUGUCAGUGAUAACUGGCAUUUCUUUCAUGGAAUUUCUUGUGGAAAGUCUAUGUCAAGAUAAGUGUAAAAAAAAAAAUGCAAUUUUGGAAUAGUUGUUUCAGGACCUCACGGGACAUAACCUUAUCUACCUGUUGAGAGGGAAUCUAACCUUUGAUGUGUUCUCACAUAUCAUUAUUAAGGGUCUGCUUGGCUUUGGCGUCUCAGUUCUCAUCCAUUAUUGGGCAUGAUCUAAUGUUUUAAAUAUAUUUACCUCUUUCUAAUAACAAUACAAGGAGAAAAUGAAAUAAAGAAGUUUAUUACAGUUUGGAGUUCUAGAAUAUAUGAAGUAUAGAUCCUUUCUACCUCUUUUACAGAAACAGAGAGAUAUCCACCAAAUGACAUUGCCUUUCUAUUGCAUCAGGAUUUAUUUUAUUCUUGUCUUUGUAUUCAUUAAUCAGUGUUUGAGCAGGAAAAACUGCAGUGAGGAUUUAAGGAAUAAUUCAAACCAAUAUCAUCCUAUUCUAUUGAAGAAAACAAAUGAUUGUGAAUUUGUAAUCAUUUUUUUUUCUUGAAACUUUCAGGAAGAGAUCUAUGGUAGGGCAGAACUAAAAAUUAUAGAAAAUGUUUGAGAGUGUUUUUUGGGGAAAAGUAAUGUCAAACUAUUGGUUUUCAUACAGAUCAUACUACUUAGUUGGAUUAAUCCUAAUUUUGUUGUCCUUUUAUUUGCUUUUAUACUCCCCCCCAAUCUAGUCUCAUUUCUGAUUCCAUUUCAAUCUGUCAAAUAAUAAGAAUUCAAUAUAACCUACUGAUAUUUUCUGCUACCUCUAAAGCCCAUUGUCCAUAAAUGAUUAAGGUAAUUUCUGAUUAAAAUUUAUUAGAUCAUAUCCUGAGAGAAGGAGAUGGUAAACAAUACUAAUUGAACAUCGUUUGUUAAAUCACUAUUACCCAAUCUAGAUGUUAUGUUCAUUUGUGUAUUAAUGCAAGUGUGAUGUAAGGAUGUAUUUGUAGUUCUUUGUAUAGAUAAUGAAUACCCGUUUCACAUCACAAUAUACGUUUUUAGGAUGUUUUAUGGAAUCAAAUGGAAAAAAACUACCUCAAACUUUAGAUAUAAGAAAAUAUUGAAUUCACAAGACAAUUCCUCUUAUUACAUCAAAUAAAUGUGAAUAGACAUUGUGGAUUCACUAUUUCGAUUACCAUGUUAUUCAAUGAAAAGCACUUAGGAUUUUUCUUUUUUGUUGAAUGAUAUAUGAUAGCUGGAUGUAAACUAUAUGGUAUAUUUGGUCAGGUACACACAUGUAUAGCUCAGUGUCAUGGCAUAUUGUUCACUUGAAAUUUUCUUCAGAAUAAUUUAAGCUAAGCUUCUAAUAGAAUAAUUAAGCUCUUAGUAUAAAGGAUUGUGGAUUUAAUUAUGGGUAGAGGACUCUUCAUCAUUGUGGUGGGUAAUUUGGAGGUCGAUUUGUAGACAGGAUAAUUGAAAAUACAUUAAUUCUUUUGAAAUGGUCUUGAAAAUAUGUAAGCGUACAUGUAAUUUUUCAGUAGCUUUUGAUUACAGUGUACAUGUCUUGCAGUCGCCAUAUAAUAGAAAUUAGUGUUAGAACUGAUUGCUGCAAUUGACACCUUUAGAGUUAUUUGAUAAUCAAGAGUAGAUUGAUUAUGAUAUUUUAUGUUUGUAGAAAUAUAAACAACAUAUUGAAUACUUUUUCGAUUGCGGCCAUAUACAUGUAUUGAAAACUAAAAUUUGAAUUAUUGCUGCAAUGGAAACCUUUGUAGUCAUAUGAUAAUCUAGAUAAUUUUCCAUAGUUUUAUUAUAAACUCAACUCAGGCAUAUUUUUUCUGUAAGUUUUUGUUGUUGGCAGUUGUUAGAAAUUUAAAAAAAAAUAAUCGUCAUCAUUGAUCUACCUCUUAUGUUUUGGGGGAAUCAAGAACAAACAAAAAAUGUGAGAUACCGACAGAGGAAUGUGUUCACAUUGUGAAUGGGGCUUAAUGUAUAUACGUAUAUGCUUAUGUACACAUGCACACAGAUUAGUUUAUGUUACUUGCAACAAAUUCAGGAAAAGCAAAAAAAGCAACGUGUUUUUGUGUCAAAUAUAGACUGCUAUUUAUUAAUCUAUAUAAAUGUUCGUUUGGCUAUAGGGUGAUGUUUCAAAAAAAGAAAAAAAAACUUGAGCAAAUGUUUUUGACUUUGCGUACAUGUAUAUUUAUGAGUUUUCAGGUCGUCAUUUGCUAGAUCUUUAUUCAAAAGAAAGAAAUAAUGAAGAAAUGUGUGAUAGGGGGAUAGGUAUGGUAGAGAGAGAGAGGGGGAGAUGAAGGGGGUUCAGAAAAUUUAUAGUAAACGUAAUAGUAGAUAGUGAUUCAUUAUUUCACAUUGCACAGAUUGUAAAUAGCCUUUAUGUGUUUGUGAUUCAGGGAUGAAUACGUUGAAAAAAAAAUUAAUAAUUUACCAUUUCUCAGAGAUUUUCCACAUUAACAGUUCAGGUUAAAAGUUUAUUGAAGUGAUUUAGUUUCUUGAUUUCAUAAACAAUAAAAAAUGACUUAUAGUUAUUUCAGUAUAUUCUCUUUUCAUUCUAUUUUCUUUCAAUUUCCAAGAGAAAAAAAGGUUCUUUGUCACUGGAAAAUAAAAUGCACAUUAACUAUCAAGCUCAAAUUUGAUUUGCAAGUGAUCUUAAAAAUAAAGGAUCAUUCAAAAUAGACUCUUAUGGAUAUGGAUAUAAAAAAAGUAACAGUAUUGUGUUGUCCAGCAUUAUACUCUGGAAAUUAUUGCUGCGUUUGUGUUAUUAUCUGUAUAGAGUAUAUGUUGUAGAUCUUAUUUGUGAAGCCUUUGUGAUUUAGAAAGUAAAUUUUAUCACUGAUAUGCUGUGCAAAAUGUUUGAUAUUCAACCAUAUUUUCUUUUGAAUGGGGAAUCGGUAUGGCAAUCAAAUAGAAGCGUAAUAAAUAUGAUCAACUUAAUCCUAGAAUAUAUAAAUUCUAUCUUUCAAUUACAAUUCAAGUAGAAGUUUUCACUUUAACUACUAUCAUGUAAAGUUAGUAUCCUAUCUUUUGAAAGGUCAUUGAUAUGUGUUCAUGUAUAAAUAUUUAGAGAGAAAUACACAAACAGUGAGAGGGAGAGAGAGAGAAAGGUGGAAUGGAUGUAUGAGAGUGAGAGGAGAUAUGAAUUGCUGUAUCAGUUAUUGUCCAGUCCUUGUGUUAAAAUUGACUCUUAUGUCAUAUGCCAUGAAUUUCAUUGUACCAUAUUAAAACACAAAUUUUCUUUUGUUCGAAUGAAUGCUUAAAUUACUUUGGCUUCAUUGUAAUUUGCCCCUUUUAAUUUUCUUUUUUUUUCCCCCAAUUGUUUAUUGUCGUUGAUGCGAUCAACAUCAAAUUAUUGUUUUGAUAUCAAAAUAUGUGUAUGAUGUUUUGAGUGUAAGGGGUAUGGAUUUUGGUAUGCAUCUGAGUGCUCUAAUACUGAUGUGUUGUUAAAAAUAUGAAAUAUUUAUAUCAAUGGUCCUUAGGAUAGUUGCAUCAGUUGCAUCAUAUUGUGAUAUAUAUUCACUUGUCAUGUAUCCACACAUUAUAUGAAUAUGUGAUAAUUUGGUUCAUUUGAAGGCGGAGUCUGACUUCAUUGUAGUUUUCUCCAUGUAGUUUCCCAAUUUUUUUCAUAAGAAUUAAUGAAGUUUGAAGAUAUGUUGUGUAACAUAGAGUCACUCACUCUCCAGCCGCCAUUCUUAUGUUGUUUUUCUUAUUAUUUUCAAAGCUUAGAUGGCUUGUAGACAAUUUUUAUCAAAAGAGGAAAGAGAAAAAUGAUAUGUCCAUGAUUUUGUUUACCUUUAUUUUGCUUGUAAUACAUAUGCUGCAUGUUUUUGUUUUUUUUAUUGUGGAAAAAAGUGGUAAAUAGUGCUGCAACUAAUCAUGUUGAGUCCCUUGUGAAUUGGUUUUUACUCUGUUGAAUGAGAAUAAUGUAAAAUGAUAUAUUCAUCUUUAAUAUGUUAAUAUUAAAAAGAUGGAUGGUGGUUUUAUUGUAAAAUACACAAUGAUAAGGUUAAUUUGAUGAUGGUGUACCCAUUUGAUUUGUUCUUUUUCUUCAAGAUAUUUUUUAUUGAUUUUAUUCAAAUAUAUGCUGCAUGAAUGAUGAAUUAGAAGUAAUGAAUUCUGUAGAAUUUUAGAAACUUAAUGAUCAUAUUUAAAAAAAGAACUAAAAAAAUGCAUAUUUUUAAAGAAUUGUAAGUUCACUAUCACUUAAGUCUUAACAAAAUUCCAAUUCUUAUAUGAACGCAAUAUGUUGGAGUUUUUUUUUAUAAGAUAAAAUGAACUGUAAUUUAUUGCCAGAAGGGCUUGAUGUUACCCAAAUGUAACAUUUAAAUUGUCAUUUGUAGUCCUUGUGCCAAGCAAUUGUUGUGUGUUUUCUGAAAUGUGUUUGCCUCAUGAACAUAACUCAUGUAAAAGAUAUCUGUCAAAUUCAUUCGGAAGUUGUGUCUCUGCUUGUGAAUCAGGGAUAUUUCUUGAAGAAAGCCAAAGGAAGUAAAAAAAAAGGACGUUCAUGCUUCUGACAUAUUUUGUAUAUAGAUUAUAUAUAUUUUCAAUUGGUUUUCAUGUUUUUCAUUUGUAUUGCUAUGUUUUUCCCGUCUGGGGGUGGUUUAACCGUCCCAGCUGAGAGUAGGUUACUUCAGGGUUGAUAUUUUAUUUUCAUUGUAUGUUUAUUCUAUCCACAUCGAGAGUGAGAUUUUUAAUAUAUCACUUCUAAAGUGAUGGUCCCCAACAAUGCGUUAUAUGAAUGUGUUUUCAACAUUGUACACUUCUAUAUGAAAAUUCCCACUCAUGAUUAAAUCUGAAUGGAAAGCAAGUAAUAAAUUGCAAAAUAUUAUUACCAUACUGAAAACACCUCAUUUGCUACUGUCAAAUGUUGUAAACAUUACUGACAACCAUCCUUUAGGGUUAGCAUCUCUGCAUACUUGUAAAAAGUUUUUCUUUACCAGUGAUUAUAGGAUAAUGGAAUAUAAAAUUGUAAUAAAAAGUGUCAUGUGUGUUUAAAUCUUGAUAAGAUUGAGUAAUUAGAAUAACAAAUUGAUUGGCUUUGAAACAUACUUAAUGAGGAAGUUGUGUAAACUUCUUAUAAUUUGUUAACAUUUACUCAUGAAAUUUUAAAUUUAUUUAAAUCAGUGAUUGUAAUAUAAGUCUAUAUUACAUAGUCCCCAGGUUGGUACCACUCAAGUUAUCUCCUAUUCUUUAGAGAAAAGAAGUUCAACAUGUAUUCAUUAAGCUCUGUGAUUCUGGUAUAAGCCACAUUGACUCAUCUAUCUAAUACAAAAAUUGAAGAAAAAAAAAAAGAAAUAUGCUGCAGUUUUGCUGUCAGAAGUCAUUGCUUAUCAAUCACCUUCCAAGAAUUGGUUUAAGGGAAUAUGUUAAACUUAUCUAUUGAAUAGUUAUUACUAUUUCAUGAAAUUACAUUAGUGAUAAUUUCUGUUAUCAGGUAGAUUUUAUGGUUGCGAUUUGUAAUUCAGAAGGUUUAUUAUUUCAUGGAGAUGUAUCUCUUUGGUUAUUCUGAAGGUUCACAUAAUAUGUGCUAUCAGUAUUCCAAAGGUAUGUUAAUCCAUGGUUAAUCCAAUACUUUGUUAUUCCAAAAAUGAAACAAGGUUUGCUAUCCUAAAAGUUUUCUGGUCUGAAAAUGGAGUAAGGAUAGGUUCACGUUGUUCAUUAGGUAUCUUUUUACGAAAGAACCAUUUUUCAUUUUCAGAUUGAGUUACCUAUGGAUUUGGAUGUAUCUAAUACACAUUCACAUUCAUGCAGCCUUUCUGAUACUGAGCAUGCUCAGAGUCUUAAUUUUCUGGCCAAGAACAAUUGGAUGCAUAUUACCAACCAAUGCAAAAGCCAUGCACAACACAAAGUGAUAUAAUGAAACUUUCUGCCAAACUGCUAAAUCAUCAUAUAUUUAAUUUUGAAAAUGAAUUGAUAAGCAACAUCCGUUUUCAGUCAUUGAACACUGUUUCAUUGAUGGUUAAAUAUAGAAAUGUAUUCAAAAUGAGAAGUUCCCAUUCAUGUAGGUCUGUCAUGCCUUGCAUUAUAAUAAUGUUAAAGUACACAGCAUUUUCAUAGUUUUACAUGAGGGUGUUUCCAAAGAUUUAAGUAUGACUGCACUUAAUGCGAACACGUACAUGAUAUGAAACAUGCAUACUUAUUGAUUAAUACACAGUAGUGCGCAUCCUCUUGGCACGAUCUGACCAAUACGGUCAUGCCUUUUAUAACACUAGCAACUAGGCAUACAAGUGCGAAGUGCGACUCUAAGUCAUACUUAAAUCUUUGUGAAACACCCCCAUGAUCUUUUAAGAUGCUGACCCAAUUGUUUGAUAUAGAUGAGCCCAGAAGUUAAGCAUUCAUAUAUUCACAAUACCACAUUAAAAGCUUAGACGCCAUCUGUGUAAUUUGACUGCAUCACGAUGGGCCAUUCACACGGCCUCUUAUUUGCCUGGCUAUAUAUUACCUCACACAUAUCUACCAAAAUCUCAAUGUGUACAAUGGGGACAGUAUUUUGAUAUACAUGCUGCUGGUGGUAACAAUGCUGAUGAUGUUGAUGAUGAUGUUAUUGUUUGAUGAUGAUGAUGAUGCUGCCGGCUACGGUGGAUAUUGUAUAUUUUUUGCACAAAAGGAAAUAGAAAGGAGACCUCCCAACCUCAUUUUCCUUAUUUUAAUGUGGACUAAUAAAA